CAACAUUUGAUAUUUAUCAAACUACUUAACUAGUUAAUAAAACUUUUUUUAUAACUCAUGGAAUUUGGCUUUGAUAAUUUGUGGAAAUGUAAAAAAUAUAGUGAUAAACUCAGUACAAAUUGUACAACUGGAAGCAAAAUUUAGAAGUGUGUUUAAAUUACAAUAAGCUUUUUGUUAAUAUACUACAAAAUUUAAUCAAAAAUGCGAAUCCCCCACACCGUCGAUCCGCUAAUAGUAGACCUUCAUAAACCUCCAGCAGAAUGUUUAAAUUUAGUCGGUGAAGAUAAACGAUUAAUUAUAGCCGAGGAUUUAAGCUGGAAUCAACAUCAUGUACCAACCCUAGCAGAUUUGUGCGUCAAGAGAAUCGCGGAACGGUUCGAGGAAAAGCCCUAUUUUCUGGAGUUACCGUGUGAGGACAAAGAUCAUCUUUUGGAAUUGCUUUCUACGAAUAUUCGGCUUGAGAUAGCGAUACCGUUGAUAGAUGACGAAUAUUACUGGAAGCGCCGAUACAAUGACCACUUUGGCAAAAUCACUCGGCGCAAACCAUACCCAUGGACUUGGAAACAUCUCUAUAUCGAACGAGAAGUCCAGAGACUUAUAGAGAAUGCAGAACCCCAAUACGCGGAUGAAGAAGAUAUGGAAAUCUUAGAGCUGUGCGCUCCUUAUGUAAAAAGAAUUUUUGUCACACAGUUGCAGCUUUGGAAACCUCCCUUAACGGCCGACAAAGAAGAUAUUCCAGAUGUGUGGCCUAUUGACCAUAUUAAUUUUAUUUUUAUAACGCCUAAGCUGCCGCUUGUCGAAGAGUUUGAUAUAGUGUUUGGUAUGAACGAUGUCAAAGAAGACUUCAACUGGAACAUGUUUAAAAUAACAAUCUUGGACUGCCAACGUCUCGGCAAAGCCAUUCUUGAUUUGAAGAACUUAAAAAUACUGCGAAUUCACAGAAGCAAUAUCGAAGACAGGCAUUGCCAAGCCCUCAUGCAAAACCUAAUUAAAAACAAAACUAUAGUUGAACUUGACUUGUCGAACUGCAAAAUUGGCGAUCAAGGUGCUUUGUGUAUCGCAAAAUUUUUGAUGAAUCAUCAAUUAUUGAGGAAAUUGGUUUUGACAAAUAAUUUGAUUGGUCAAAUUGGAGCUGAAGGAAUAGGUUUCGCUCUCUGUCAAAAUUCAUGCCCACCUUUAGAAACUUUAAUCCUAACACUAAAUCCCUUAAAGCAUGAGGGAGUCAUGGGCAUCUUGAGAGCGCUAGUGAGAUGUGCUGUUCCGAAAGAGCUAUCAUUGAGUACAUGCCAAUUUGGUUGUGAAACACCGGACAAACUUAGCAAGAUGUUAAAAUGGAAUGAUACGCUUAAAGUGUUGGACGUGAGCAGCAAUUGGUUCGGAAAAGAAGGUGGAGAGAUGCUGAUUGAAUAUUUAGAACAUAACACAACUUUGGAAUGGAUGGACACGCGAAUGACAGAUAUAACACCAGAACAACAUGUCGUCAUAAGGAAGUAUUUAAGGAGGAACCGUAAUGAGUGUAUGUCAGAAGUUGAUCCAGAAGAUCUCGACGGGCUAGAAGAAGAAAGUGAGGAUGAAGAUGUUUUCAGUGAAAUGAGUGAUGUUUGUAGAGCAUAUUAGCAGAUACAUAUAUAAAAAAAUAGACAAUAUAUUAUUUAUCCAUAAAGUUUCUUCUUUCA